GUGCCACAAAGGCUCUUGAAACAGUUGGCAAGUAGUCGCCACCGGCGGCAAAGAGUCGCAGAUUUUGCCGACAUCCAGCCGAGUACUUGCCACCGCUUUCCCGCCGCCAUUUUCACUCGGCAAACCAGUGUAUUUGCCGGACUUAAUCUGUCUACUUGCCGUCGACGGCCCAUCCCAGGCCAUAGCAAGCUUUAAAUGGUAUUUAAGAUUUUGCUUCUGGCCACAUUCUUGCCAACUACGGCCCGACUCGAAUGAGAUACCAAAAUUCCCCAACUCUUACUUAAAGUAGAGGAAACUUAAAAACCUCCACACCGUCAACAUUCUGUCCAUCAAAUCAGUAUUUUGUCUUUAUUCCAUUAAACGUACUUUGUCAUGAUUAAAUUUGCAGUAGUUAUAUUUCCCGACGAAGAUAACGCCAUUGACGUUAUAUCGUCAUCUUGGAUUCUUCCGCCACUUAUUGCAAAUGGGGGGACCCAAGUGAAGAACUGCAGAUAUCCACCAUCAAAAGUUCGAGGUGCAAAACUAGCCAAACUUGUUUGCAAUCAUCAACCCCCAUCUUCGGAUUGGUUGGUCUGUUCUUGUCGAGUUUUGAAAGAGUAUGGUAAGCAGUUUGUUGCAAAAAAGUAUAUGGCAAAACUAAUUACUUGCUGUUAUCUAUGUUAUUUUCUAGACAAUUAUUUGACCGCCCGUGAAGCAUCAAUUAGGGCGGAAGAAACUUCCAACUUGGAGCCAUCUUCCGUUGAGGAGGCAGAUUCUAGGCGAAUCCGAAAACGCAUACAAAACAAAGUAAAGCCGCCACCGUGUAAUUCCAAUAGCAACAAGCUUCAAAAAAUAAUUGCUGUAGCCGAAGAUUCUAGCGACGAAUCCAACACGUUGGAGGACGACAACCCGACAACUUUUUGCCUUGGAUUAGUUAGAGAAACAGCCGAUUUGGAAAGGGGCGGUUAUGAAGGUGCAGCUAAUGACAACACAUUAUUUGCACCACCUCAUGGACAAAUAGAAAUAUACCCAGGAGGAGGAGAUCAAAACACUUCCGCAACCCACCAGGCAGAGGAUGUCGAGUUUAAAAAUCAGUUCGUACAGUUUCUAGAGGAAAAUAGAAAAUUUCAAGAUGCGGUGAUUUCCAAGCUAGAAAUAAUUUCUAGUAAGUUGAAGCACAUUAAUCUUGGGACGACGUGUGCAAAAAAUAUUAAAUUGACUGGAGCCCCGCUACUGCCUUUAACCAGCAAGGAUGGUUUAGCUUCCCUCAUAACCUGGCUUGGUAUUGAUAAAAAUAGUGACCUAAUGAUCGAUUAUCUAAGUCUACACGGAGGAGAAAAUGUUUCUGCAGUAACCGGAAGCAUUCUUUCUGAAAUAUUUACGAACCAGUUCGCAACAGUAGUUAGCUUUACUGGACAAGGACAAAAAGCGGUUUGUGGCAUAAAGGACUCAAUAUUACCUAAAUUAAUCACAAAGUCGGUGCGGUCAAAUAAAGGCUUUAGCCAAGCAACAGAUUUCGAGGUGAAGCAGGCAAUAAUAAACUGGUUGAAGAACGCUGGUGACAGAGGUGGGGGUCGAGCAGCUCGUCGUCAACGUCAUUUGACAGGAUGAAUACAGUCACCCCGAGAACGGAAUUACGCCGCAGAAGAAAAGCAACAUCACGUAUAUUGCAAUUUAUUAGAAGUAAGACGAUAGGAAAUACUGUGCCGACAUUAUUAUUUAGUGAAGAAAUUGUAGAGCCACCAGUGAAUGUUCAAAUAGUUGAAACUGAAAUAAGUAGCGCUGAACCCUCAGAUUUUGUAUUAGACAACAGUCAAGUAAAUGUUGAGUCAGAUAUCAAUUUUCCUUUACUUUUGCCAGAUAGUCUUCGUCUGUGGGCUACAGCACAUAAUGUUACACAUAUGUGUCUCCGAGAACUGAUAACCAUUAUAAAUCCACAUAUUAACAAUAUUCUUCCUCUCGAUCCUAGAACAUUAAUGAAAACGCCACGACAGAUAGUUAUAGAAAAGCUAGGUGGAGGUGAACUAGUUUAUUUCGGUAUAAAAAAAGGUGUGGAAAGACGGCUAAAACUAAAAUUAUCGGAUUGCAAUUUUCCAAUUAUUAAAAAAUGGCAGCAUGAGUCUA